AUGCCUGGCAAAACUACCUCUGCCAGCACUCCGCGCAUCACCAAGUUCACCAACUGUCGCCUCCUGCGCGGCUCCAGUUUGGUUGAACAGGAUCUGUGGAUCGACUCUCUGACCGGCAAGAUCCUCAAGGACCAAGAGGCUUUCUACGAGCUGCAUCUGUCCCCCGAUGAGAUUAUCGAUCUGGGCGGCCGUAUCCUGGCCCCGGGUCUAAUCGACACCCAACUCAACGGCGCACAGGGUUUCGACUUCUCCGUGCCCUGCGCGACUAAGGCCGAGUACGACGAGGGUCUCCGUCUCGUCAACCAGGGCCUAGCACGUACCGGCGUAACCUCCUACCUGCCCACGGUCGUGAGCUCUACACCCGAAGUGUACUGGCAGGUCCUCCCCUCCCUCGGCCCCACAGCCGCAACCCACCACGCCCAAGACGGCGCCGAAUCCCUCGGUGCCCACGUCGAAGGCCCCUUCAUCAGCCCCGGCCGCAACGGCAUCCACAAACCGGACGUCCUCCGCGCAGCCCAAACCUACGAUGACCUCAUCCACUGCUACGGCGCCUCAAACCUCACCCCACCAACCCCGCACACAUCCCCCAUCAAAAUGAUCACCGCCGCCCCAGAAGUCGGCAACAUGAUGGCGCAAAUCCCCCACAUCACCGACUCGGGCAUCAUCUACUCCAUCGGCCACUCGGACGCAACCUACGAACAGGCCGUGUCGGCGACGCACCAGGGCGCGCGCAUGAUUACGCACUUGUUCAACGCCAUGCGUCCGUUUUAUCACCGCAACCCGGGCGUUUUCGGGCUCCUGGGCCAGUCGGAGCGCAGAAGGCCGUUUUACGGCGUUAUCGCGGACGGGAUUCACCUGCAUCCUACUUCGAUUAAGAUUGCGUAUAACGCGCAUCCGGAUGGAUUGGUGCUCGUUACUGAUGCCAUGCGUUUGUGUGGCCUGCCCGAUGGCGUUUACGAGUGGACGAAUGGGGAGCGUAUUGUCAAGACUGGUGCGCGGUUGACGCUUGAGGGCUCGGAUAAGAUUGCCGGGUCGUCGGCGACGCUGAUCGAGUGCGUGAAUAAUUUCCGCCGUUGGUCUGGUGCUAGUACCGCCGAUGCGAUUAAUGCUGCUACCGCCGUCCCUGCGCGUUUGUUGGGGCUGGAGAAGGUUAAGGGGUGCUUGGAUGCUGGUGCUGAUGCGGACUUGGUGGUGUUGGGCGAGUCGGAUGAUCCGUACUCUGGGCCUACGUUGACCGUUGAUCAGGUGUGGAAGUUUGGCGUCAAGAUUCACGAUGCUGAUAAGGUGGCUACCGUGGCGGUUUAA